CCUAAGAACAAUAAUUCAAAACAUGCAACCAACUGCAUCAUUGGUCAAAUCACGAUUUGUUUAAACACUUUCCACGGCUACGAGUAAUAAUUAACCACUGAACUUUGAAGAAGAAAAUUAAAGCAAUGAAGAACAGAUAAUAAUAUCUUGUGAAAUAUGGCUUGAUUAAAACUGGAGAUGGGCAGUAAUUCCUCGACACAAGCAUCCUCGACAUCGAAUGUCAAAAAGCCUGGAGUCCAACGGGAGCCAGACGAAGAAGACGUAGACGUCCCCGAGUUUCCCCCGGACGAGGACUACCCUCCACCCAAACAGAAUUCUCUGAAGAAAGACGAUAUUUACGAACACUGGAAGUAUAAAGAUGUACACCAGCAUGUCAGGAAGAUUCCUGGUAAGAUCGACUUAUCUUUCCAGCAGCUUCUCGACUACCUCGUGGUGCCGUUCAGGACUGACAUGCAGAAGGUGCGUGCGCUGUUCAUGUGGCUAUGCGUUCAGCCAAUCACAACAACUAAAUACAAAAAUCUGGAAGGAUACCCGCCUGAAGAUCUCGCGAGAACACCAAGAGGAUUCAUGAAACUCAUUAAGGAGGGGAGAGCUUCGUAUGCCUCGCUCUUUGCAGUACUCUGCAGAAAAUCGGGAAUAAAAUGUGCGAUAAUAAAGGGAGUCUGCAAAAGUGCCGGAUACGAAGUAGGGACUACGGAUACACUGAAAGACCUCAGGUCCAAAUGGAACGUGGUUUGGGUCAAGGACAGCUGGAGAUUGAUCCAUCCUUUGUGGGCGUGUCAAACAGUGAUUGGCAAGUCAGGCCUGGACAAGUGGACGGCCUACGACGACGAAGAGGAAAACACAGAAGGAUGGACCAUACAGAAAAUCAACGAGUUUUUCUUUCUCACCGAUCCGCAUGACUUCCUCUAUUUCUGCUUCCCGGACGACCCAAAAUGGCAGCUCUUGACCGUACCGUAUGACCUUAACCGCUUUGUCCGCGUUCCUUUUUUACAGGAGGCAUAUUUUGGACUGGGUUUGAAGCUGAUCACAGAACAAAGCUGUAUUUUACACGAUAUUGACGGCGUUGUUGAAAUCGCGUUCCGAGUUCCCGACGACUACCCAACACAAAUGAACUAUGACCUGCUGUUCAAGCGUGACGAGUCUGAGGUUGACCUUGACAACAAGACGCCAUUGAACAAAUACGUCCUCAUGAAUUAUGAGGAUAAUAUUUGGACUUUUAUUGUUAGAUUCCCAGUUCCCGGUGUGUACAAACUGUCAAUUUUCGGUGGACAUGUCGACCGUGAAAAUGUUCCAUGGAUUGCAGAUUUUCGCCUUGUUUGUGAAAAUCCGCGAGAAAAUUGUGUACCUUUCCCCGAUGCGCCGUGGAUCGGUCUUGGUUAUUCAUACGAAGCCCAGAAGGGUGGACUAAUUGAUCCUUCUCAAAAAUCAGGACUACUCGUCAUGAAACCCCAUCAAGACAUUCACAUCACAAUCAUGGUUGAAACUGGUAUUAACAUUAAAGUGAAGUUCUUGCACAUCCUUCUAAGUGAGAAUGAACUAAAGGAAAGAUUUUAUUGUAAAAAGAACGUAGGGAGGAUCGAUAUUAUGGGGAAAAUUCCUCAGCACGGGGACUAUCUGAUCAAAAUCUACGGUAAGACCAAAGGCGUGAGGGGAGAGAUGGCCAAUAUCUGCAAUUACAUGAUCUGUACAGAAGAUCCAAGACCCUCAACCAAGAGGAGGAAGGGAUGGGAGAAUGCUCGAGAGAAGCUGUUGAGGAAGGGGGUCAAGGAAGCCACAGCUGUGAAGGACAUUGACCUACUUAAGGUGACCAUUGAUAAGUUUGUGAACGCUGGAUUAGAGGACCGCGGGGACUACACGAAAGCCAGCACAAGGCUAGAGUUUUUGGAGGUUAAACAAACUUUGAUAAAUGCCAUCAACAGAAGAAAUGACCCCUGCUUAGUCCGGGCGAUCUCGAUGGCCCGGGGGUCGGGAUACGUGCACCGGCUGACCACUCUGGUUAAACAAGCAGAAGAUCUACUGGCCGAGUUACGCCGUUUGAAGGGUUUCCAGCACCCAAUUCCAGACCUCAACAAACCGAUCAUUGCGGAGUUGAUGAACUAUAAAAGCCCACUUCCGAUGGUCCAUGACGUCAUGAUUGCCACGUUCUUGUUGCUAGGCGAAAAAGAAGAAGAUCUCAUGAUUUGGGAAUACAUUCAGAAUCUUAUGAGGAAGACGGGCAAGAAGAGCCUGAUGAACAGAUUUCAAAAGUUUAAUCUCGCUGAUGUACCAGAAGAGGUGAAAACCAAAGCGCAAAAUAUAUUUAUGAGGUUUACUGAGGAUGACGUCAGAAAGACUAGCGCAGGCGCAGCGUCUUUCUUUGUAUGGAUUCAGAAGGUGAUGAAAGAGCCUGAUCCACCUCCUGUAACAGAAGUAGCCAAAAACAAAAAGUCCAAGAAAUGAAAAAAUUGCAAUGUUAAAAUUUUCUGACAAGUACAGUCGGGUCAUUUUAUAUAUUAAUUGCUGUUCCUCGAUUUCAUGAUUAUUGGUCCUUUUUUCAUACAUAUCUAGAUAUUGUACAUCCACUUCACAAUUCAUCUUUCCUCAUAAUAUUACUUUUAAUUUUCAUGGUAGAGUGUAAUAAAAGACAUUUUCAGAAUAUUGAUCAC